AUGGCUCAACAAACGCCCCCAGUAACAACGAUCGUACCCUUCCAGGCUCUGCCUUCGUGUGCGGGUCAAUGCGGUCCCCUUUACGAUGCCAAUGGAGCUUGCGUACCUCCUGCUGCCGCAGCUGCCGAUGAAAAUACCUAUGACACUUGCUUUUGCGCCUACGAUAGCCUCCAGCCGUUCAAGCAAGGCGCAUCUGGAGUUUGCGAUGCGGCUUGCACUAACGAUAACGCGGGUUUGUCGAGUAUACAAGGCUGGUUCACAAGUUUCUGUAACGAAAAGGCUGCAGCUACGACGUCAUCAUCCUCGUCGACAAGUACCGCAACAGGGAGUUCGGGAAGCAAUGACGGCGGAGAUUGGAUUUCAACACAUUGGAAAUGGGUUGUCAUGAUAGUCAUCAUCGUCGUCGGAAUCGCCGGUAUUUGGAUUGGAGCUUGCGUAUGGCGUCGCAAAUACUUAAGGAAGAAGGAUCGAAUGUACGAGCUUGGCAAAGGCCUUCCUAGUAACGUCGCGAUCAACACACAAGGCAAUCUUGUUGGGCCCGGCGCAAGGGAUAGUACAUAUUCUAAUCCGGGCAUGUUCAUGUCGGGCUCCGGAGGUGCUAGCUAUACCGAAAAGCCAAAAAAGGAGCGCAAGAAGUGGAACGUCACUCAACGAACAUGA